AUGCAGGGACCCUGCCAGGCACAAGCUGCCCUGUCCCCACAGAAAGCCACAAGCACGCCCCAGGCAGGGUUUCCUCCCCUCAAUGGUGAGCUGCAGCACCCAGCACUGUAUGAUAGUGCCAUCUCUAAUGAUCUAAAGAAAGAGUCAACAAAAGGAAGCUUGAGCUGUUGGAGUGGCAAAGCUAUGGAGUACCAGCUUACACCAGUGGUGGUCUUGGACCCACUAGAAGUGCUGGUGAGCAUGAAACGCAACAAAAAGGCAGAUACUCCACCUGCCUGCCAGCAGCCAGUAUCUCCUUUGGGCCUUCAAGGCAUCUUGGAGAAUAAACAUAAGAGUCCCAAGUUCAUUUCUGGAGGGGGAAGUACCUGUAGAAAAGCUUGCAUCAGUGGCUUCAGCGCCAGCCGGUGGGGGAGGCAAACAAGGCUCCAUCCAAAAAGGCACAAAAAUAAGAGACAGCAGCAGCCUAAUAACUCCUUUGCCAGACCACAGAUGAGGCAAAAAGGAAGGCAGAAAGGGAGUGUUUUGGAGAUGUCUGUAGAUGUAAGAGACAAUGACUGUUCAUUCCUCAAUAAUUCCUAUUCCUGGGGUAGAGUUCGAGCAUCUUUGUCCCUCCAUAAGAAGAAGAAAGUUACCGCAGAAGAGAUUUACUGCAACAGCAUCCUUUGUACCCCUUCUGUGAAAUCCCAGCUUUCAGAGCACCAAGCAAACCUCUCUGCUAGUAGGUCUCAGAGCUGCACUUGGUCUACUUCCUCCAUGGUGCUGCUGGCUCCUAGGGACUCCUGCUCUGUGCUGGAGCCAGUGCUUACAGAUGCAGAGAAGGUGUUUGGGGAAUGCCACCAAGCAGGGCCCAUCACUUUUGAGGAAUGCAUUCCUUUAGAUAAGAUGAAAGAUUGUAAGAAAAUUGGAGAAGGGGUGUUUGGAGAGGUCUUCCAGAUUGACAGUGAGAGAGGACCUGUGGCCUUAAAAAUAAUUCCCAUUGAGGGAACUGAAAGAGUAAAUGGUGAAGCUCAAAAGAGCUUUGGAGAGGUUCUGCCUGAGAUAAUAAUUUCAAAAGAACUCAGUCUUCUGUCUGAAGAGUCUGUGAAUAGGACUGUUGGGUUCAUCAGCUUGUACUCUGUGCACUGUGUUCAAGGAGCCUACCCCAAAUAUCUCCUGGAAGCCUGGGACAAAUACCACGAAGUAACGGGUUCAGAAAAUGAUCGGCCAGACCUUUAUGGGGAUGAGCAGCUCUUCAUGGUUCUGGAGUUUGAAUUUGGAGGCAGUGACUUGGAGAAUAUGAGAAACAGUUUCAGUUCAAUGGCAUCAGCAAAAAGCAUUUUGCACCAGGUCACUGCAUCCCUGGCUGUGGCAGAACAGGAACUGCACUUUGAGCACAGAGACUUGCACUGGGGGAACGUGCUGGUGAAGAGAACGGACGUCAAGGAGCUUCAUUAUGUGCUGAACGGGGUCACACACACAAUCCCCACAGCAGGGAUUCAUGUCAACAUCAUAGACUAUACCUUGUCUCGGCUGGAGAAGGAUGGGUUAACUGUGUUUUGUGACCUUUCCACUGAUGAGGAAUUGUUUCAAGGCACAGGGGACUACCAGUUUGAUAUCUACAGGCAAAUGAAAGAGGAGAACUCCAACAGCUGGGCUGACUAUCAUCCACACAGCAACGUCCUCUGGCUGCACUACUUGUCAGAAAAACUUUUGAAAGACAUGGGCUACAAGAAAAAGAAAUUGACUUCUGUCUCCAGGAAAACAAAGCAGCAGCUUGUUAAAUUCCACAACGAAGUGCUGAGCUUUGAGUCUGCUAAGGAAGUUUUACAAAACAGCAGCCUCUUCCAGUGA